CGAGCAGCAGCUGCAGAGACCAGUAACGCAAGAAGACGCGGAGGAAGCUGUGAAAUAUCCCAAAUCUCAAUCUCGACGUUUCUUAGCCGAUACGUUUUCCCGUCGCAUCAGAAGGAGCAAUAAGUUACCCGCAGUCAUGUACUUGAAGGUGGUGUUUUUCACUGUAGUUGCGGCUCUGAUCGGCGCAUCAACCGCGACAGACUCAGAUGGGUGUUCCUCUCUCACUUGUGAAGCAUGUGGAACCGUUAGUGACUGCCAGUGGGUUAACUGCACAGCAUCAAAUCUUAGCUGUCAAAACAUGACUCUUCUGUCAGAUAACGAUACCUGCACCCAUGCUAGCUGCUCAGCUGUUGACCCCACAGCAAGCAAACCUGUGACUACUCACUCUUCAGUCACCCCUACCCCUGUUGUCACCACCGCCUCUUCUAAUGGCAGCAGCGCUCUGCCCACCACAGGCAAUGCAACCCAUCCCACCAUUCAUCCCACUCAAAGUGGGAACAGCUCCACCUCCAUGCCUCCAUCUCCUGCAAAUGGAACCAGCACAACUACCACACCAGUCGUCCCCUCUCCCGCCCCUCACAAGAACACCUUUGACGCUGCAAGCUUCAUCGGUGGAAUAGUGCUAGUCCUGGGCCUGCAGGCCGUUAUCUUCUUCCUCUACAAAUUCUGCAAGUCCAAGGAUCGCAACUACCACACCCUUUGAAGCAACAGCACUUCUUGGUUCAAAAUCACUCAACCUGUCCCCACCAACUAGAUAAGACUCCCCACUCUGCACGCACUCAUAGCGACGGACUUAAACAGUGUUUUCAAGCAGGUUUUCCUAAUCGCUAUUGUUUGUACCAAAUGCAGUUUAGGCCUGCGUUAGCCUUGCUGAUGUAGUCACACACAUAGGCCUGUAUAAUAUAAAUGAACUAAACAGAUUUCUAGCGAUUUGGCAUUGUAAGCCUUGAGCAUAUGGAUUACAUCACCUGGUAGCUACUCCCACCUCCAUCAUGCCGUUAGUCAUUCUGCAAAAGAAAAAAAAUUAACCCAAAACAUUUUCAAGCAAACUGAGGGGGUUUGUGUUUUUUGCAGCCCCUCCCUUUGUGCCUCCUCACUUAAAUACACAACAUGAGAGUUACAGAAUUAGUCAAAGUAGCUUUUCUGUUGAUUCUUAGAUGUAGUAUAGCUGCAAACUGGUAGCAUUUACAUAAUUUUUUUAUUUCAUUUGGAACCACUGUUUGAGUUCACAGCUAUUCUUAAACGUGACGACAGUGAUGAUUCAGUGUUGCUUUUAGCCUGUUGAAUUGUGGGCAGGCUCCCUGUUCUGCCAUGUAUCAUGUAUAUGUGUUCAUAGAUGAUGUAAAAGUGGCAGGGUUACUUAGGAGGGAAUAAAAGCAACACCCAAUCAUCUGAUGUCAGAUUAUAGGAGAAAAAAAGUGAUCCCUUUGGUUUUAUUUUGAGUGCUGUGCGUUUUUUGCUGUUGAACUCCCUGGGGAAAUCUUUCACCCAAAACUAGUUGGAAAAAAUGUCCAAAAACUGCCAAUAGAGCAGCUCAAUGCAAUAAUUCCAGUUUCAUAAUUUCCCAUAUUUGAAUCCCCCAAUUAUUUCUGAUAUUUACCAAUAUCAAAACAUACCCACUCUGACUGCUAAAGUUGAGCUGGCCCUUUGCCCCAGGUUAUGUGGGGUCGUCAAAAAGGGCCUGUGGGUCAAAAUGAAAGAUUGUAGAAUAUGUCAGAAUAAUUAAUUUGUAUUAAUAAUGUAUAAUAGAGAGAAUGAGGAGAUAAAGAGAAUGGCAUGCACCUUCUUGAUGUGGACAGUGAUAGCAGUGAAGUGCCUUUAAUGUCCAGUAUGACUUAAAGAGAGAAAUGUUUGAGUCUUUUCUUCCUGGUUGAGGCCCAAGUGUUAUCAUUAGUUUGUUUGUAAGGAAGACACGGUAUCGCUGUGCUGAUAUUGGUGAGAACCGUAGUAUCCCAGCUGGACUGAAGAGCCUUUUAUUAUGAAGAAUACAGUACACACUCAAGGGCCUUGAUCAGUCAAGAUCGAAGUUUUUUCCCUGUAAGUAGAGGACUUUACUGUAUACUGUACAUGAUGGUCUUCUCACUGGUGACUUUGUAUAAAUAAAUUCCUUAAAGGCGCUCUCCCUUUUUGUAACGCCUAAUUCUGCUUCCAAAUUUCCUCCCAAGUCACUAUUUAUGUUUUAAUCAUUAAGUGUGUUAAAUUUCAAAACAUGAACAAUGAGAUAGCAGGAAGUUUUGGACUGCCUUUAGGCGUUAUUAAUCAGGGAAUGCAGCUUUAAAGAAAAGGCAAACGUAUUGGGCUUAAUUUAAAAAAAAAAAAAAACUUGGAGAGAGUGCAUUAAGGUAAAAAUGUUGGACUGAGUGCUGGUUUGGUUUAAUGAGAAUUGCACCUCUGUUUUCUGACUUGUAAGUGAGAGGAUCGUGAAUGAAGUGUGACAACUAAGCGGCCGUGGUAGAGCUCAUGUCAAGUUCUCCAAUUAGCUUGCUGCUAACUGUGUGAUUUUUUUUUUCUCUACAUUUUCCCUCCUGUACAUAGCCAUGUCCUGUGUUUGUUCAUCUUCUAGGUUUCAACUUGAGGAAAGGCUAAAUGAAGGAGUACAUUUUUGCUUGUAGCGCCUUGUCAGUGUCAAGAAUGUUUUGUUAAAUGCUUUUUUUCCAUUAUUGCAUGCUGGAUGCUUGUGAUUUUUCCUCCCAUUGCAUAUGCUCUUAAGGAUUUAGACACUCUUAAAAAAAACCACUUGAUUAUUUGUGAUUAGCCCAUAUGCUAGUUGAAAGAAUGCCUUGAAACAGUGUGCAUUGAGCCAAAGUCCUCAGUUUUUGGCAUGGAAAUUGAGCAUUGCACUGACAAGCUUUGUUUUGUAACUUUUUGUCUUUGUAAAUGUUUUCAUGGUUCAGCCAAAAAAAAAAAAAAAACAAUGCUUGUAUAAAUACUCAGUCUUGAAUAUUUACUAGAUAAUGGAUGAAUAAUCACCUUGUUUUGUAUGACUACCAACAGUGCAGAUGUUUUUUUUCUUACUUUGGCUUUCAUAAUUUUCAUAAAGAUGACAUGUUUCUUGCUGCUCACCAUUAACACGCCUUUUAAACUAGUCACCUGGUGGCAUUAGGCUACAGCCCAAAGACCCAACUAUGGCGAGAAGGCUCCAGAGUUUUUGCCUUAGCUGCACCCAUUUGUUCAUUCUCUGCAUGCAGAGAGCCUUCGCCCAAAUUUAGAGAAACAUUUUAUUCACAGCUGUUUUCGUGGCAUGCUGUGUGACCACUGAAUCCAGUCAGAGUGCGCUCUGCUUUUUCGACAUGGUAGCUGCAUUCCUUAAGAACGCAGCAUCACAUGUUGACAUUGUGGUGUGUCAAAACACCUCCAGUAUCCAUGGAUACCAAUAGAUGCCCAUUGUGCUGCUUUUCCGCAGCUUCUCCCACUAACUCAGUCCGUGCACCUCUUAAGGAAAAGUGCCUUAUUCAGUUAAUAUCCACAUCUAGUUGUAGUUUGUAAAACAAUAUGCCACACCGAUUGAAUAUCAACGAGACUCAGCACUUUUAAGACCCCUGUGAAGUGGUUUUCUGUGUUGUAUUCUGCUUUAAUGUCUGUUUUGUCAUGCUCAGCCUCAACUUCUUGAUCAAACCCACAGAGCAUUUGGUAGUGACAAGCUGUCUAGGUGAUUCCCAGGCUGCUUUCGUUUGAGAAGUUUAAAUGUAUUUUGUACUUAAUGGCUGGCAUUUCAUUAACAUUUAAGUGUCCACAUUUUGAUCAUUCACACAACUGAAUUACAGGUGCUUAAAUGCUACUGAAAUGGCUGUAACCAGCUAAUGAAUAGCAUAACUUUCCUGUAAAUGGAAACUGGUUGUAGCCUGGACAACUUGUCAGAGAGAUGGGAGACUGAAGUCACAUGACUUGACUCAAGUUAUACUCAAGUUGCAAAUUUGACGACUUCAGACUUGUUUGACUGACACUGAUAAAAGACUUGACUUUGGCUUUGUUUUCAGGACUUGGACUUGACUUAGACUUGAGACAGAUGACUUGAAAAGACUUGGCUUUUUAUAUUAAAUGGGGUUCUCACACAUUUUCAUGGACUUAAAGGUCUUUCCCCACUUGGUCAGUGUUUUUCAAACAUAUCAGAUUCAUACUCUACUAAAAGUCAGAGUCAGAAUCAUCUUGCUGUAAUCCAUGUAGAGAGAGACAGAAUAAAUGGAGAAUAUAAAGAAAUGUAUAAAAUGGUAAACAAAAUCUUGUCACACAUUGACACAUAUUGGAGCCACGUUACAUCAACAGCUACAGAAAAUACAUUUACCAUCACGUAACAUAGGGUGGGAGAUUAUCCAAGGAUGAUUACUGUGAAAACUGCAUUAUAUAAAACAACAUUCCAUAACCUUUCUAGAACUUUUAAUGACUUUCAUCCAUCAGUUCCAAACCCACAGACAAAGGUACAUGAAUGUGUCUUUUUAGCUAAUUUAUUGACUUAUUGGAUGGUCAAACGUUAGCUUUUGUUCAUCAAAAUUCAUGACUUGAUUUGUGACUUGCUUGACUUAGGGACUUGAUUUAUUCUCACAACAGUAACUUGAGACUUGCUUAGGAAUUGAUGGAUAAGACUUGAGACUUGCACAUUUGUGACUUACUUCCACUUCUCAUCAGCACAUUGUCAUAAAACUUACUGUUGUAACCACAGCCACAAACCUCUAGUGUUCUUUCCUUCAUAAUGCAAACAGUCACAUGAUGAAAUAAAGUCCACUUUGGUUGUAAUUUUCAAUUAGUGCAUUUAAUGACUUGUUUUCUGUACAAUUUGCUUGGUCAUGGAGGGCUCUCCUAUCGGUUUUCAGCCUUGCAGUGUUCAAUUACAAAAGCAACGAGUAAAUGCUUUUUGAUUCCCUCCUUGUGGCUUUAUUUUUAUGUGCCAUAUCUUUUACCUUUUGUGUUAGAGGCCAUCAGUCUUGUAGGUACGAUUUUUUUUUUGGCUUUGCUCCCACCCCACUCUGACACAUAGCCAUAUGUAGACACUUGCAGGUGCCACAAUGCCUCCUGAAAUGUUAUGUGCUCAUUUUUUCUUCUCUCAGACCUUUUAUUUUGUGCCUUGUUUUCUAGUGUUGCCUUUUAGUUUCAUGAUGUAAAGCCAAUAAAGUUUGAAUAUUGUUAAACAAA